UCCGCAAAGCUGGGCGUACCCUGGACAUCUUUGGCUAACGGAUUAUCACGACACAAGAUGAUUCUCUGUCGUCUACUUCCAUCUUUGCUGGACACUUGGGGUAGAUGCUAGAUCGCAGUUACCGAACGUAAGGGUUAGUUUAAAAGACAAUGUUCGGGUUAGGUUACAUCUCAUUACUUAUAAGGUGUGUCACAUAUUAAUGUUUAAUCAAUUAUAAAGUAGAUUAGUGCUGCGAGUGGCCUCAUAUUUGUUCACUACAACGUCGUUUCGUUACGCUCACAGAAUGUUUAUAAAGAAGUUAGCUACGUUCGGUAGCCACGAUCUAGCAGUCUAGCAUUCUAACUAAUGUUACCUGGUAUGUGCUUAGCUAACUGUCUUUUUUUUCCUGUCAUGGCCUUCCUUUCAGUAUUUAAUAGAACAUUGUAAUGAACGUCUGAGUAAAAUUACUGAAAGUAAGUGCACAUAUUUUACGCACGUGCACCUGAAUCCGGGAUAAUGUCAAACCUGCUAAUGUUUGACAGCUCAGUGCUUUUUCCCGGGUUUUGGACUGGGGAGAUACUCCUCUUCAUAUUAAGACAUCUCUGGCUCCACAUGACGAGACAUCUCUGGCUCCACAUGACGAGUGCCCGUCUGAAUCUGAAUGAGCUGUUUACCCAACGCUAGCUAACACUUACGCUGACUUUUUGCGUUAUCUACACUAUAUACUUAAAACUAAGUGUUUGAAGUGUGCAAGUAGCUAGGCGGUUUGAGACACAGCCAGUGACUUAUUCAGUAACUUACGAGAUAAACAAGGGACAUAAUGUUAGCUACUAGAAAGUAGCUAAAUAGGGCAUACGGUUGCUCGGUUAACCUUAGAGCUAAAUCCGACAGGUAGCUGCUUAAGCCUUUGGUCGUGUAAGUUAGAUAAUGUUAAGCAUGGAAUACCUCAGGAAACCAUUAUUUACCAUUUCCCAACGCUGGACUCCUCUCAGGUGUAUCCAACCCAGAUAUUGUUCUAAAUUAGCUAACACUAGUGUGACUCCAGGAGAGAGGAAGACAACUGUAAACAAGUUCAAGAGCCAGAUAUCCUCCGGUCCAAGUUUUCAGGAUUUCAUCAAAGGAGUGUCCGUUAAUAAGACUUAUGCUGCAGACGAAGAGUACUACGACGAACAUAGUUAUCGUUCUCAGGACUUGGAGAUGGGGAAUUCAAGGAAAGUGUAUUUCGAAACCUAUGGAUGUCAAAUGAAUGUAAACGACACAGAGAUAGCCUGGUCCAUACUACAGAGGAAGGGAUAUCAACGCACAGUUGACCUAAGUGAGGCAGACGUUGUCCUUCUGGUAACAUGCUCCAUAAGAGAAAAAGCUGAACAAACUAUUUGGAAUAGACUACAGCAACUAACGGCUAUGAAGAAGAGACGGUUAAAGACUCGCACACCAAUGAAAAUUGGGAUUUUAGGAUGCAUGGCAGAAAGGCUAAAGACAGAGCUUUUGGAGCGGGAGAAGCUUGUAGAUGUUCUUGCUGGUCCAGACGCCUACCGGGACCUUCCUCGCCUCUUGACCGUAGCUGACGGAGGUCAUCAGGCAAGCAACGUGCUGCUGUCGUUAGAGGAGACCUAUGCUGACAUCAUGCCUGUACACCAUGCUCCUCAUGGAUACAGCGCUUUUGUGUCCAUCAUGCGAGGCUGUGACAACAUGUGUAGUUACUGCAUCGUUCCCUUCACCCGAGGCAAAGAGAGGAGUCGACCUGUCAGCUCCAUACUUGAUGAAGUUCGUGUGCUCUCUGAUCAGGGUGUGAAGGAGGUGACUUUGCUGGGUCAGAACGUCAACAGCUACAGAGACACGUCGGAAGAACAGUUCUGUGGCUCCGACGUGACCAAGCUCAGCCAGGGGUUUAAGACCGUCUACAGGACCAAACAGGGAGGUCUGCGCUUCUCCGACCUGCUGGACCGAGUGUCCCGCAUCGAUCCCGACAUGAGGAUCCGAUUCACCUCCCCUCAUCCCAAGGAUUUUCCUGAUGAGGUUUUGCAUCUGAUUGCGGAGCGAGGGAACAUUUGUAAGCAGAUCCACCUUCCGGCCCAAAGUGGCAGCAGUGCGGUCCUCAAAGCAAUGCGCCGUGGCUACACGAGAGAGGCCUAUCUCGAUCUUGUAAAGAACAUCAAGAGAAUUAUCCCAGAGGUGAGUCUCAGCAGCGACUUCAUCUCAGGCUUCUGUGGUGAAACGGAGGACGACCAGCAGCAGACUCUGUCUCUGAUCAGAGAGGUGGGCUACAAUGUGGGAUUCCUGUUCGCCUACAGUAUGAGAAAGAAAACCCACGCCUUCCAUCGGCUACAAGAUGACGUGCCAGCUGAGGUGAAGCAGCAGAGGCUGGAGGAGUGUAUCGGUGUAUUCAGAGAGGAAGCUGCGCGGGUCAACGCUGCUCUCAUCGGCAGCACGCAGCUUGUCCUGGUGGAGGGAGAAAGUAAAAGAUCUGCCAAGGACUUGUGUGGGAGAACCGAUGGCAAUAUGAGAGUGAUUUUCCCCAAAGAGGAUGUUGCUGUUCAGCCUGCAGAAUCCAAUACUGCAUCAGUCAACGCUGGCGACUACCUGCUGGUGAAGAUAUUGUCGGCCAACUCCCAGAGCCUGAAAGGCCGAGCCCUUAGUCACAGCUCCCUGAGAGGCACAGCGCAGCACUACGAGAGCCUGCCAAGGCACCAGCUUGGUGAACGUGUGGCCUCAGACACAACCAUGAUUGAAACAUGCCCUUGAUUGACACAGUUUCCCUGCAGAUGGAUGAAGGCGUUACCAAUGGACAGUCUGACACCAGUCCCUGGCACCAAAUCCAGCCCAGACUUCGGUAAUCCCACAUCCACUAUUUGCAUACUGGAAGAGACAGCGUGCAUGUUCGUAAAGGCACUUGGGAUCCCAGUUUGCUAUAUCAUUUACAGCGGUGUUGGAUAAAAACUGGUGCAUUACUUUGACAGGCUGUACUCGACAUUGCCAAUGGGAGGCACCUCCUGUGACCCUGAAAUAUCUGGGACUUUGAUGGUUUUGAGUUUCUGCAGGAUCGAAGUCAUCCCCAGUUGUCUGCCUAACAAAAUGCAAGGGAAUUUGAUGAUGAAAUUCUGGAGACGUCGGUGCUUUUUCAAAUGAAAGAGUACAAAUGUGCCGCACGCUUACCAUAUUCCAGGCCUUUUUCUGUUAGCUUGACCUCUACCCCAGGAUUGGUGCCUAAUGUCAUAGGGAUUAAAGCCACCAGAGCCAGCCAACAGCACAGGAACAUCUUGACUGUUGGGAAAUUAAAAGGACAAUGUGGGUGACAUGUUUGCUGU